UCGAUCCAGGCUAUUGGCACUUGAUUACAUCCACCAAGAAGAGGCCAUGCUGUCUGAUAACAUGGAUGAGAGAAAAAUAAGUUUUGUGCUCACAAAAGAUCCACCCAGUGAUCUAGAGGUAAGCAUAACUCCCAUCAAGCGUCCAAGGCAGCGAACAAAUGUUGAUGAAGAAACUAUAGAAGUGUCGAUUGAUGCAUAUAAGGAGUGGCUUGCAAUACUACAACAUGAUAAUCCAGAAACGGAUUUAAUGGAUGACUUCAGGGAGGAUACGAUCAAAACAUAUAAAGAAUGGUUAAGGCAUCAAGGCGAUCUUCCAGAUAUCUUAUUGUAUGAACGACAAAGCAAUGAUGACCUAAUAUUAUCAGAUGAAGAAAUUCAUGGCAGCAGCAAACCUACUGCUAAUUGGCCAUCUCAUGCUAGACGUCAUAGGAAAAGAGAUCCUGAUAACGAUGGAGUCUUUAAAAAGGAGGGGCGUGGUACCCUUAAGGGUAUAGCAGCAGCCACCAAGCGAAUCAAGAACGGUGAUCACAAACUUAAGAUUGAAUUUUCAUCUAAGCUUGGAGGUCCUGUAGGACCAAACGCUCGCACUUUUGUGGAUGAAAUCGUAUUGUUUACAAAGAAAAAGGCACCACUCAUUGGAGUGAAAAAGUGGAAAGAUAUAGAGCUCAAUGUUAGAUCUUCUAUAGCCUCUGACGUACUGCGAAGGUGGGAGUUUCUAACCAAUGAGGACGCGCAUGAAAAGAUCUGGUCUAUUGCUAAGGAGAGAUACAAAGGAUGGCGAUCAACGUUAAGCUCAACAUACAAGGCAUACAAUAGUUAUGCUGAAAGGAUGAAAAACAAGCCUGAAGAUGUAGACAUCGUCGAGUGGCAUUACAUGAUGUUGUAUUUUGGAUCUGAGAAAUUCCAGCGAUUUAUUUAUUAA